AGUUGCAGAAACAGACUUUAAAUUUUAAUGCCUUCUUUAAAUGCAAUUGAAUCAUUAACUUGUUGCACAAACAAACAUUAGCAAAGAUUUUAAUGCCUCUUUAAAUUUAACUAAUGAAGUGUCAAUCUUGCACAUUAGCUAUAAUUUACGUUGCACAAAACGUCAUUAACGUCAAAUUGGCGCUAAAGGACCAUUAUUUUGACAGUUUGAGGUUAUAAUUUUUAAUGACUGCAAACGCUCUCGUUAAAAUCGUCAUUAAUAGUGUUUCAGUGAUAAAACCUAUUCUUGCUAAUUAAAAUGUCGCUCUCAAGCCUAUCGUCGUUGUCUGACCCGGAAGAAGUCGUUUCAACUGGACGUAGAAUACCAGAUAGGGUAAAUAUAUUUGAUGAACAUGAUGGUGAAGAUUUCCGCAUUAGAUAUCGUCUAUCUAAAGUUACGGCUCUGCAAAUUUCUGAACUUUUGGAUUUAGAACCAGUAACACAACGAAAUAAAGCCAUAGAUGGCAUAACACAAUUAUUAAUUUGUUUGAGGUUAUUUGCCACUGGAUCAUUUCAGCAGGUGCUUGGUGAUUUAGUUAAUAUUCAUAAAUCAACAGUAUGUCGUAUAGUACAGAAAGUGACACGCAAGCUCGCAGAUCUGAGCUCAGCUUAUAUUAAGAUGCCUGAUAGGCAGGAGUUGAGAAGGGUUGCAGAAGACUUUUAUGAGAUUGCUGGAUUCCCACGGGUUGCAGGAGCCCUAGAUUGCACCCAUAUCAAAAUAGUUAGCCGAGGAGGGUCCUUAGCCGAACUGUAUCGUUGCAGAAAAGGAUAUUUUUCAAUUAAUGUUCAAGCGGUAUGUGAUGCCUUUUUAAAAAUAAGAGAUUUAAUUGUAAGGUGGCCAGGAUCUGUACAUGAUUCAACAAUAUUCAACAACUGCCAUUUGUGUGCAGAUUUUGAAAGAGGAAAAUAUAGCCCAUACCAUCUAUUAGGAGAUAGUGGCUACUUCAAUAAGAACUAUUUGCUGACCCCUUUUUUGAAUCCUAAAAAUUCUGCAGAGGAAGCUUAUAAUAAAAGCCACAUUUCUACUAGAAAUACUGUGGAGAGGUGCUUCGGGGUACUUAAGCGUCGCUGCCCAUGCUUGGAAAAAGGAAUAACUUUAAAAAAAACUUCAACCAUUCUUCAGGUGAUUGUGGCAUGUGUAGUGCUACAUAACAUAUGCAUAGAGCUAAAUGAAGUUGAUCCUCCAGAAGACAUUGAAAUUUCAGUAGACAGUCCUAAUAUUGGAAUAUUGUCUAUAAGUUCUCAGUCCACAAACAGUGCUGUUCGUGCUGCACUAGUAAAUAGUGUGUUUUGUUAAACUAUAAUUAAUUAAUACUUGUUUGUGUAAAGAUAAUAACUUAAGAAAUAAAUGAAAUACAUAUGUGCGAAA